UCAUAAAGGAGAGAAAAAAGGAAAGUUUGUGUAUCUUGGAUCCAUGUUGGUUGUGUUGAAUUACUUCUACGUGGUUAAGCAGUGAAGCGCCUCCCAGUGUCUCGGUCAUAGACCUUGAAACCCAGCGCAUAUAUCCAGAAUGUAUUUGGGUUGAGCGCGCUCCUAUAGCUGAGGAGGGUCCUUCCACUUGCACACAGGGCCCCCUCCACCUCAACCUACCCUCCCUUCUUUAUACACUCCUCCUGCAUGGACGCCCGAUGCCCGGACAUGCUAAAAUAUUUGGGAAGAAGCUCGGUUCCGUCGCUGGAGUCUGUAGCUGGAUUCUAAUUUGUUGUUUUAAUGGGAAUAAUCUUCCAAUUUCUGACAGGAAAGAAUUUACGCUGACUAUUUAUUCAACCUCAGAGACCGCUCAGGAAAAUAAGCGAACACACAAACAGAUAAAUUAUUACAUGUUUGAUCAAGCCACGAGUAUGGGCGAUGGAAUCGCCGAGGACCGAAACCACUGUGGAUGCGAUUCGUUGUGCCGUGACCGCGGCAGAGACUCCAAAACCCGGGCGGAAGUGGGGAACCGGUCACCUGUGCAGAGUUCUUCCGACACACCCGGGACUUCGGCCUCCACACCGACUUCAUCGAGCGAGGAUGGACACGAUAAACUUUUAGGAGUCGAUCCGGACUACUGUCGAAGGAUUCUGGUCAGAGACGCCAAGGGCACUAUUCGGGAGAUUGUUUUGCCAAAAGGCCUGGAUCUAGACCGGCCGAAGCGCACGCGGACCUCGUUCACGGCGGAGCAGCUCUACCGGCUGGAGCUCGAGUUCCAGCGAUGCCAGUAUGUGGUCGGGCGCGAGCGCACGGAGCUCGCCAGACAGCUCAAUCUUUCAGAAACUCAGGUGAAAGUGUGGUUUCAAAACCGCCGCACCAAACAGAAGAAGGACCAGACCAAGGACACUGACAAACGGUCGUCAUCCACUACCGAAUCGCUUGCCACAUGCAACAUCUUGCGGCUGCUUGAACAGGGGCGGCUUUUAUCUGUGCCUGCGCCUCCACCCAACCCGGCGCUGGUUCACUCACACCCGGGCAACAGCUCGCUCCUGGGCAGCUCGUCCAUAUCCACUUCCUCUGGGGUGAAUAGCAGCACCACCACAGCAGCGGGCGGGACAUUUGGACUGUCACUUUCUUCUUUAGGUGGCACCCCAUCCUCGCCAUGCCUCGGGGUCCCACCGCCCUCCCUUUGCUUUACCAUGCCUCUCUUGGGCAGCACCUAUCACGAACUGCCAUCGGGAUAUGGGUGUGGAUCCUCAGCGUUUGAGCCCUACAUGAGGAUAGAGAGGAAGGACGGAGAGUUAAAUGGGAAGAAGACAGUUUCCUAAAAACGUUCCCAAUCUGCUGGUACCUUCUCACUUCUUCCUGUCUCAGGGGUCUCACCUGUGCCGUGAACAACCGAAAGUUUUGCAAACUAACAGAAAGCGAUUGAAUAAUGGCCUCUCUUGCACUAGUGCCUAUAACCAAACCAAGGCGAGUUGGACUCCAUCGUUCAAGUGGAGGUGAGCGUUUGGGACGAAGCCUGUAAUUAAGCAUCGCUGUGUUUGGUCAAUUGUGUCGUCCACACGUUUCCUUCCAUUUUUGCAUUACGUGUGUGUUAAGGAACUUAUUCUUUGUGAACGAUGGAGAAUGGCAUAAAUGUAACUGUAAUUGUAAAAGGCUUAAUAAUUUCUCAAGUUUGUUUCCAAAAAAAAAAAAAAAAGAAAUUAGAAAAAUUAUGAAAAAAAUAAUCAACAUUGUGAUAUGGUUUUAUGCUGCUCUAAAUUAAUUGACUUUGGGGAGCUAUUUGUCGAUAUAAAUGUGAGUCUGUGUGAAAGUAUAAGAAUGAGAGCAUUAGGUGAUUGAGUAGGUACAGUAACUAUAACAAGGCACUGACAAAUUUUGUGGCAUUUAUUUCGCACUGGACCUUGGUACUAAUGAGAGUUCAAUGGACAGAGUGAU